AUGGUUGUAAAAUAUGGUACCAACUGUCAAGAGAUCUGUAGUAGUGGGUGUCAGGACAACAUCUGUACUAGAUACAAUGGUUAUUGUACGUGUAAAACUAACUUUUCUGGUAAUAAAUGCGAAUCAUGUAUACAAGUCUGUACUAGAUACAAUGGUUAUUGUACGUGUAAAACUAACUUUUCUGGUAAUAAAUGCGAAUCAUGUAUACAAGAUGUAUAG